UUUAAACUCUUUAUGUGUAAACAUCAGUUUGUUAUAUGUGAUGUGUUUUCAACAGUUGUUGAGUUUGAUGUGAAUGUUUUUUUAUAGAUGCACCUAAUUACCAAUUACGUGGUGUUGAACAAGUUUCUCCAAACACUGGAACGAAGAGAUAUAUUCCGGAUUCACCCUCUUCGUUGACGCCAGCAGAGGGAAUGUUAUUCGACACAGUUGAUGACGCAUAUAACUUUUAUAAAACUUACGCAGAAGCGGGAGGUUGGACUGUAAGGAAGGGCACACAGCACGAGAACCGUGGUAUUGUUAUAAACAAGUACUUUUUCUGUUCAAAGGAGGGUCAAAAAGACUUUCGACCAGUUGAUACUUUAGUUGAACAGCCGUCCGAUAGGUGGGUACGUAGGGUACCAUCCAAAAGGACCGGAUGCCAGGCUGCGAUCAGAAUAAAACUUACCGAUGCUAAGAAGUAUUUGCUUUAUCAUUUUAUAGAGGCGCACAACCACGAUUUUGUGCAUGAAGAAGAUUUACAUCUUCUCAAGGAAAACAGGGGUAUUAAUCGUGCACACGAAGAGAUGAUAAACAAGAUGUCACAUCUCAACAUCGGGCCUGUUUGUGCAUUUAACAUUAUGAAGGAAGUGUAUGGUGGGUUCGACAAAGUCGGUGCUACCAAAGUCGAUUUUAAAAAUUUCAAGAAAGAGUUAAAUCUUUUUAUCGGAGAGUUUGAUGCGGAAAUGUUUGUCAAGCGUCUGAUGAGGAAAAAGGAGUUUUUACCGAACUUCUCUUGUGAAUAUGAAACCACAGACGAAGGUGUGUUGAAGUGCAUUUUUUGGGCCGACGAGGAUAUGAAGAGAAAUUAUUAUAUGUUUGGGGACGUUAUAUCAUUUGAUGCUACAUACAAGCGUAACAAGUAUAACAUGAUGUUUGUCCCUUUCACUGGGAUUGAUAAUCAUAAUAGGAACGUGACACUUGGUGCUGCAAUUCUCGGUUCGGAAACGGCAGAGACGUAUAGCUGGUUACUUAGGGCGAUCAAGAACGCAUACGGGUACGCGCCUCCUGUAAUCGUUACUGACCAAGACCCUGCGAUGAAAAGGGCUAUAGCUGAUGUUUGGCCUGAGUCGAGGCAUCGGUUAUGUAUGUGGCAUAUCAUGGAUAAACUCACUACAAAGGUCGGGGCUGCCCUAUGUUCAAAUACAGAUUUCAGGAAAAGAUUGUCUGCAGUUGUUUGGACUGAUUCUCUAUUGCCCGAAGCUUUUGAGGCUGAAUGGGCCGCUAUUAUUCAUGAUUUCGGUUUAACCGACCAUGAAUGGCUGACGUAUAUAUAUGGGCUACGUGAAUCAUGGAUUCCAGCUUACUAUCGUGAAGAAGAAAUGUCUGGUCUUAUGCGGACAUCAUCUAGGUCCGAAAGCGAGAAUCACUUUUUUGGAAAAAUUAGCAAUCCAAAGUGCACGUUGGUUGAAUUUCUUAGCCACUUUGAUACGGCUAUUGAAGCGCAAAGGCAUGAGCACCGAAAAAACGAUCAUGACACUCGAUACACCAACCCUGGAGAGUGGAGUGAUUUUGUUCUCGAGAAGCAAGCAGCUCAAAUAUAUACUAGAACUUUAUUUUUGGAUGUUCAACUCGAGAUUCAACAUGCUAUUCAUCGUUGUACGAGUGUCAGAUUAGAUCACGUCGGUGAUUUCAUUAAGUUUUUUAUAAAGGAUCUCGAUCAGCCAUGUUCUUCGUUCUUCGAGGUUAUGAUACGCGAGGAGGAUGUUACUGUUAAGUGUAUCUGCAACAGGUUUGAGCAGUUUGGGCUGUUGUGUAGUCACAUUUUUUGCGUGUUACGGAUUCUUGAUAUAAGGGAGUUUCCUAAACAAUAUAUAUUGAGGCGUUGGACGCGUGAAGCUGUUCCAAAUAGUUCCCCCGGGUCCAUUCUUACGGAUGGUGGAGAUCCAGAUCGUAGUGACGAGGUUAACCGGUGUGUUCGGGAGAUUAGUCACGCAACGGAGUAUGUCGUGAACAAGUUGAUUUCAAAUUUUGAUAAGUUGUCUGAUUUUCGAGACCAUAUCAAGCAGUUUAUGUCAGUCGCGGAUGAAGCUCAAAUAAAUGCACCUCCCAAGACACGACGUAAUCGAUUUGCUGAACUGCUAGGAGUUGCUCCGGAGAGCACGACCACUAUCCGUGUUCCAGUUGGUACCAGGUUCAAGGGCUGUGGUUCUCAUAAACGCCUUAAAUCUCAAAAGGAGCGAGCCAUAAGUCAGUCUGGAAGUAAACGUCGUCAAUGUUCAUUAUGUAAAAAAUACGGUCAUAACAGAGUAACGUGCUGGAAAUACACCGUGGCUGGGGCUGAGGCAGGUUCUUCGCGGAAUGCUGGAGGUAAUGAAGACACAAUUCCUGAAGGAGAUGCAGCUAUGGUUGUUCAAGGUGAUGGUACUGGAUUGAACGAUGAUGAUGAUGAUGUGUUUUACACAUCUCGAAACGAUGCAGAUAUGGACGAUGAGGAGAUGGCAUAGUAGGAUCUUUUUUUUAUCAAUAUUCUAAGUAUUUUGCUGAACUAUCCGUUUUUCAGUUUUAUUUUUUUAUCGUAUGUUUGUUUUGGGAUUUGGUUUUGGUGAAUUUAAGACUGAUUUGUAUUCGACAUUUUAUGAAAAUCGUUGCUUUUGUG